AUGGGCACAGUGCUGCUCCUGCCCCAGCAUCCCCUCCUCUCCCACCCAGGUGGCCUGGCCGGAGGGAUCGAGAUCUGCAUCACAUUCCCCACCGAGUAUGUGAAGACCCAGCUGCAGCUGGACGAGAAGGCCAACCCUCCCCGCUACAAGGGCAUCGGGGACUGUGUGAAGCAGACAGUCCGUGACCAUGGCAUCCGGGGGCUGUACCGGGGGCUCAGCUCGCUGGUCUACGGCUCCAUCCCCAAGGCUGCUGUCAGGUUCGGGAUGUUCGAGUUCCUCAGCAACCAGAUGAGAGACGAGCAGGGCCGGCUGGACAGCACGCGGGGCCUCAUCUCCGGGCUGGGCGCCGGCGUGGCCGAGGCCGUGGUGGUGGUCUGUCCCAUGGAGACCAUAAAGGUGAAGUUUAUCCAUGACCAGACUUCCCCCAAUCCCAAAUAUCGUGGCUUCUUCCAUGGUGUUCGGGAGAUUGUUCGGGAACAGGGACUGAAGGGGACAUACCAGGGAUUAACUGCAACCGUCCUCAAGCAAGGAUCAAACCAGGCCAUCCGCUUCUUUGUCAUGACCUCCCUCAAGAACUGGUACAAAGGAGAUGAUCCCAACAAGGUCAUCAACCCCUUUGUCACGGGGGUGUUUGGAGCCCUCGCUGGAGCUGCGAGCGUCUUUGGGAACACCCCCUUGGACGUGGUGAAGACCAGGAUGCAGGUGUGACUCUGGGGCACGGUGUGGGACUGCGCCUACCAGAUCAUGAAAUACGAAGGGCCCCUGGCGUUUUACAAGGGCACGGUGCCUCGCCUGGGCCGCGUCUGCCUCGACGUUGCCAUUGUCUUCGUCAUCUACGACGAGGUGGUCAAGUUCCUCAACAAAGUGUGGAAAACGGACUGA